AUGUUUCUGCGGCGGAUCCUGACCGGCGGGGGCGGCCUGGCGGCGCUGAGGGCGGCGCGCGCCGUGAAGGAGACGACGGGGAUCGUGGGCCUUGAGGUGGUGCCCAACGCGCGGGAGGUUCUCAUCGGGCUCUACACGCGCACGCUCAAGGAGAUCGAGGCCGUCCCCAAAGACGAGGGCUACCGCAAGGCCGUUGAGUCCUUCACCAAUCACCGCCUCCAGAUCUGCCAGGAGGAGGACGACUGGAAGCGCAUCGAGGACCGGAUCGAAUGCGGGCAGGUCGAGGAGCUCAUCGAGGAGGCCGAGGACGAGCUCAAGCUCAUCGCCAAAAUGGUUGAAUGGGAUCCGUGGGGUGUUCCUGAUGACUAUGAGUGUGAGGUGAUCGAAGACGACACCCCAAUUCCUAAGCAUGUUCCUCAGCACCAGCCUGUUGCUCUUCCUGAGGAGUUCUUCAAGACACUGGAUGCUGUCAAAUCUGAUCCCGCUCUCCAAGGCGAUGCUCCUCCUCAGGUGAAGGCGUAA